AUGCAGGCUAAGUUUGAGUUGCACGAUCAAGAGGGUCAACUUGCUCGAAUUAUCAACCACCCCCAGCAACACUACCACAACGACCACGUUCAACGUGCUACUACUGAGGAACACCACCAAGAGCCGGGGCAAAGUCCGUCAGAGGCUAGCCAUUCACCAUUGGGCACACAGGAAAUUCGUUAUCAGAUAGCCUCACUGCCAUCUGCUGCACCACUAUUACUACCACCAAUACUACAGGUACCAGUACCAGUACCAAAGCCAAAACCAGUAUCACUCUCAAAAAAAGAAGCUCCCUCAGGUCCACCACAUUCUUUCCUUCAUUCUGUAUAUCCCUCUUCCGGACUAGCAGGGGAGCCGGGAAUAGUAGCAACAUUUGUAGACCUACAAGAGCCCCCCUCACCCAACCAGAAACUAGAAGAGUGUAAGGUGAAGAUCGAGUCUCACCGUUCGUCUCUUGGCUCAGCACCAUCAUCCACUCCUUUGUCUCCACACCAUUGCUCAUCCCAGCAGGCUACUGAGAGCAUCCCGCAUAUCCCACAUCCAUCUUUAAGUACUUCAACUCCCCAACCUCCCAAUCCUGGGUUUACUGGAUCUGCUGCCUGGCGCCGUCGUCUGUCCAAAACACGCUCUCUUACGACAAUGACUGCUUCAGUAAAACGCUCGCUUUCCACCCCUAACGUGCAGCAGGCUGCUGCCAUGGCCGCUGAGGGCCCUUCUUCUACUUCUGGCUUGCCCUAUUCGACAGGCAAAGGUCGAAAUAAACUCGGUUACCAUCGAACCUCCGUUGCAUGUGGUCACUGUAGGCGUCGGAAAAUUCGCUGUUUACUGGCAAAGGAAGACAUGCAUGGACGCUGCUCCAACUGCAUUCGUUUGAAGAAAGAGUGCUCAUCCGGAUCAUCCCCUUCCCCUGGGUUUGGACCAGGCCAAUUAUCUGAAAAUGCCAACGGUUAUCCAGUCUCCGUUCCUGUCACUCCAACCUGGGGAGCGGAAUACGAGUUUGGACCCGCUGCUUUUGAACACCAAUUUUUACAAAACGGAAUUUCUAGACCAGGACGGAUUAUGGGGCUUUCUCAAUCAGCUUCAGUUUCCCGCAGACCCAGCAUGGCUCAAAUGCACACACCGGCAACUGUAAAGGUAGAGCCAGGAUAUUCGGAUUUGGUGCCACGAUGGGAAUUACCUUCUCAACCCGAAUCCUCUGCCGACUUUUCUUCUCGAGCUCCGCUAGAGGACCCUUCUUUGUCCUCAGUAAUUUGGAGGGCAACUUCAGGCCCAAUGACUGGAAAUAAUUUUUCUCAGCAAAAUAUCAGUAACACACCGCUCCCUACUGAUUCGAUAGAAAAUUUUGAGGAAGGCAUUUGGACUUCUCAGGCCCCCUCCCGGAUGGGCUCAAUUGACCAGGGCAUGAAUCUACCAUUCAGUUAUCAAUCCGCUUAUUCGUCAGAUGUCGAUCUGGGCAUACCACCUGAAAUGUAUUCAGCUAGUGCAUCUACAGCCUCUCUUACCGCGUCGAUUUCUGAAUCUUCGCACUAUGGAGAUCAUCAAUUUUAUUCGACUCAAUGGCCAGAGCAUGGGGCAGUUGGUAAUGGGUGUGAUAUGGAUGGCAUGCGGUUGGAUUCAGAUACAUUUGAUCAAGCGUCAUUCGCGGAUGAGGAGUCAUAUAUCGGUGUAGAUGGGGGUCUCCGUACUAUCCCUCCCCACUUCAGGGUACGGCGCCUGUCUCGAUGUCGCAGAGAUAAUGAAUACGCCCAUCAAAAAUUGGCAUGCCCUUGA